AUGAAAGUACACGUAAAGAGUUUCCUAGCAAAACGAGGUGUAAGGCCACCUGAAGAAGAAACUUUAGAACAAAAUAGAACAACUUUAUCAAAUGCAGGUUUCACUGUGAAAGAUCCUAGUAGGAAUAGGAAGGAAAAGUUUUCAGCUUAUGGACAGUUUGCAAGAGAUAAGAAUCCUCACAAAUUUUAUGCUCCUCCUGGGUAUGAAGAUGUGGCUCUUCAACAGCAACAAAAGGAAAAAGAUGCAAGACAACAAGCUCAGGAUGAGAGGGAUGCAAAUGAACAAGCUAAGAGGGAUGCUGCAAAAUUGAAAGAAGAAAAAAAACAAGAAAAGAAGAAAAGAGGUCUCUUUGGUAGAAAGAAAUCUAAUAAAGACGAUGAUGAUGACACAGAAUCAAGUUCUAGUACUACUGCAGCUACAUAUGAUCCCUAUGCUGCAGUGACUAAUCCAACAAGCCAACCUUCGGACCCAUACGGAAUGCGUGGUAGCUCUAACCUGAACGAAUAUAAUAACACAAUGAGGCAACCUACUUCUAGGGCAUCAUCUAUGGAUCCACAUAAUUCCGUAAACGGUGCUUCACAACCGAUGGAUCCAUAUGGGUCCUCAUCUAGAACAAGAGAUCCUUACAGUGGUAGUAGUCUACAGAACGCAGAUCCGUAUGGCUCCUCUCAAAGUAGAGACCCUUACGGUUCUUCUCAAAAUGUUAAUGCAUACGGUGUAUCUAAAAGCACUAGCCCAUACGACUCAACGCAAAACUCAGAUCCAUAUGGUGCACCUCAGAAUAGAAACCCAUACACAAAUACAGAACCGUCAUCAAAUGGUAGAAGUCAAACACCCAGCUCCAAUAAUAAUAAUAACAGCUACUCAAUGAAUAAUGAUCCAUACUCAAGCUAUACCACUAAUAAUGGCGAUAGCUACGGCAAAACUCCAUAUCAGAACAACAAUGGAGCUACAAGUAGUGGCCUAGUUAAUAAUUCGUAUAAUAGAGCACCCCAAGCUGACCCUUCAGAUGAUCUUAAUUUCUCAAAUACUGGUAGCGUAGCAGGAACAAGUCCUUAUAAAGAAAGUCGUUCACCAAUGUAUUCACGUAAUAAUACACCUGAUGUAUCACCCAGCUAUGGGGGCCCUAUCGCAUCAUCUACCAGAGAUGAAAGAGCCCCACGAGGUUCUGAACUCAAGAACUAUAAUAGCUAUACCAUACCAAGUGAUACGAGACAACCUAAGACACCUACCCCAUCAGGUUCAAAUAACCCAUAUGCAUCAUUAAGAAACGAUAGCUAUAACACUACAGGAACCAACUCAUCAUCUAAUCCAUAUGGCUCCAUGAAUAACGGUGCCAACUACAAUACCAGAAAAUCUUCAAAUCCAUAUGCAAACACACCAGUAACUGCUCCAACAUCUAGGAUUAAAGCUCCCUUACACCGUACACCUACAAAUCUAACUACAGAUCUGAAUAGAACAUCUACAUUGAAUGCAACACCUUCUAUAAUGGGAGGAGUUAGUAGUGGUGGUAUUGAUCUAAAUGAUACAAUAAAUGAAUACGGUGAUGAAAGUUCAGCAAAUGAUUUGAAUGCAGAUGUCGGUCAACGUGAACAACAACAAUUACAACAGAUAGAUGAAUUGAACGCUACUGAUGAUCAGCGUACUCAAUAUGAUGGAUACAAUAGAGCGGACGCUUUCGACAACUAUCAAAAUCAAUCACAACAACUAUAUAAUGAUGACUUAAAUGCUGAAGUUGAUACUGAUAGAGGCUACAAGACAUUUGAAGAAAUUCAACACGAAGAAGAACAACGUCAACAACAAGAAGAGGAUGAUGCUGUCGAUGAACUAAAACAACAAAUUAAGUUUACCAAACAAAGCUCCGUAGCGUCGACGAGAAACACUCUAAAAAUGGCACAAGAAGCAGAAAUGUCUGGUAUGAAUACGUUGGGUCUACUGGGACACCAAAGUGAGAAAUUAAAUAAUGUUGAAAGAAACCUGGAUUUAAUGAAUAUUCAAAAUUCUAUCGCCGAUGAGAAGGUUACCGAAUUACAGAAACUGAACCGUAGUUUAUGGGCAGUACAUGUUAGUAAUCCUUUCAAUUCUAAAAGACGUAAACAAGAACGUGAGGAAAAGAUUAAAAACCAAAAGAUUCAAGAACAAGCUAUGAUGAAUAGCACAAAUCAAGAAUUGACUGCAUCUCAGAAUAGAAUUGAAAAUGCAAUGGACGAAAAUGGAAGAAAUAUCAGUGACAUAAGAGACCGGUAUGAGAGGAAGGAUAUAUUGGGGCGUGCACAAAAGUAUCAAUUUGAAAAUGAUGAAGAAGAUGAUGAAAUGGAAAUCGAAAUCGAUAGAAACCUGGACAAGAUUCAACAGGUGAGUGGUCGUUUGAAAAAAUUGGCCCUUGCCGCUGGUAGUGAACUAGAAUCGCAACAAGAUCGUAUCAAACGUAUCGAAGACAAUACUGAUGAUUUAGAUAUCAAAAUCCAUGUCAACACAACCAAAUUAUCGACCAUCAAAUAA